AUAAAACCAAUUCUAUAUUUUUAACAAUGUGACUUGAGGUUACUAUUACUUGAAAUAUUAUGAGAAUAUAUUUAUAGUUUUAGAAUAUAAGGUCAUGGCGGGAGAUAUUACACUAUACACGUCACCUGUGACAUGGGAAACUGCCUUCACCGUCUGCAAUAGUCAUGGACAAAAUCUUGUACAGAUUUAUAGAGAAGCCAAGAAUCACCUUCUCAAAGAACAUCUAUUGGACCACUUGGGAAUGCACAUCUGGAUAGGACUGUAUGCUCCAAAUCCCAGUGAUAAUACUAAUCGCAUAUGGUCAGAUGACGGAUCUUCGCCGAUUUAUGAAAAUUGGUCCCCAUCAAAAACGGAAGGUGCUGGGUAUCUAUGUACUUAUAUCGUUGUAGAGAAUACGGGACUGGAGUGGAAUUUGGCAGAUUGUGAUACCGAGAAGAAAUCAUUUAUGUGCGAAGAAGACAAACGUAUUUGUACUACUGGUAUUUCCUACACUUUUACUAAAUGGCGUUCUGGGAGUUUUUCCGGUAGUUUUUAUAUAUCACCAGCAACUGUGCCUGACUGUAUUAACACCUGCGAGUCGAUAAUAGCAAAUGGUUAUGUUUGCUGGGGAUUCGUUUACCGUGUGACGACCGAUCCAAAUGCAUGUCUUACCUAUGACUCCACUGAUGAUCCUUACUACAACAUAAUCAACCAACAAUAUUCCGGAAAUCAUUAUAACUACAUCCGUAACUGUAACUUAACAAUUCACGUACGAAGUCAUUGUUCAGCAUGUUUCCCUACCAUACCCCUCCAAACAACCUUAGUGAAAACAACGAUAGCAGACCACACUACUGAAAUACACACAACGACAGAAGAAAUUGAGAUGACAGACGACCGAAUUACGGAGACAACACCGGAGAAUGUGAUGACAACAGAUGAUCAUGCAACAGCAACGGAAGAUGAUAGGACAACAGGAGAAAAAGCAGCGCAGACAACAACAGAACUUGGAACAAGCAAUAUCAAUCAAACAAUACCUGGCGGAGGCAGUUCUCCUUAUUGUACAUGUACUUGUCAGAAUGUAACAACCACAUUGUCAUUAGAGGAGAGUAUUCAGGAAAUAGUGAACAAUAUUAAAGUUGAUAAACGAAAAAUGUCAUCUCACACUAGAAAACUUACAUCUGCUAAAGACUCUCGGCCAUCCUCGGCUAGUAUUGGAUAUUUUGGAAUAGUUAUGCUGUCGACAACAUUCGGAAUGCUGGUGUUUCUAGAUUUUCAUAGAUUGAUUGACAAAUGUUGUACUUCUUUCAAACCCAAGAAAGACCAGCAAAGUAGUCAAUGCUGA